AUAACAUCUUUUUGGGGGACUGAUUGUUCAGUAUCUGCCGUGCUCUCACUGAAUAGCAGACCAAAAGAGUAUAUUUCAGAGAUUGAAAUUCCAGAUGGCACCUUCUCUCGAGGAGCCGACCGCGGCCUAUCUCGAGGCGCGGUCGAAGAUGGCCCCGAAUCUGGUGGCUCCCGAGCCAGAGCAUUGCCCUGGACCCGAGUCUGAACAAGCAGGCAAAGGCGAUGCCUGUGCGGGGUGUCCCAAUCAAUCGAUCUGCGCAUCUGCGCCCAAAGGCCCCGACCCCGAUAUUCCCAUCAUCACCGAGCGACUUUCGCAAAUACGUCACAAAAUUCUCGUACUCUCUGGCAAAGGCGGCGUUGGAAAAUCUACAUUCACCUCUUUACUCUCACACGCAUUCGCCGCAAACCCCGAAUCGACCGUGGGUGUAAUGGAUACAGAUAUCUGUGGGCCGUCGAUACCAAAAAUGAUGGGCGUCGAGGCGGAGACCAUCCACGUGAGCAAUGCAGGCUGGAGUCCGGUGUGGGUGACGGACAAUUUAGCCGCGAUGAGCGUGCAGUUCAUGCUGCCCAAUCGUGAUGAUGCGGUGAUUUGGAGAGGGCCGAAGAAGAACGGACUCAUUAAACAAUUCUUGAAGGACGUGGAUUGGGGUGAGAUGGAUUACUUGGUCAUCGACACACCUCCAGGGACAUCGGACGAGCAUCUGUCCGUCAACUCUCUUCUUAAGGAGUCUGGUGUGGAUGGCGCAGUAGUUGUCACUACCCCGCAGGAGGUCUCGUUGCUCGACGUCAGGAAGGAAAUUGACUUUUGCCGCAAGGCAGGCAUCCGCAUCCUGGGGCUAGUCGAGAACAUGUCUGGCUUUGUGUGCGGGUCGUGCAACACUAAGACCCAGAUCUUCCGGGCUACCACCGGGGGCGGAAAGCGACUCGCCAAGAAGAUGGGCAUUCCUUUCCUAGGCGCUGUGCCUCUUGACCCGCGGGUGGGAAUGGCAUGUGAUUAUGGCGAGAGCUUCGUUGAUCAUUAUCCCGACAGUCCAGCAUCGAUUGCGAUCAAGCAAGUUGUCCGCUCGGUUGCUGGGAUGAUUGGAGAGGAUCCCAACGUCGUUUUGCCGGAAGAUGUGGCGGAGUGAUUCUUAUCAUUUAUAUGAUGUUUGAUCUGAUUUCACGGGCGUUCAGCAUUGGGAUAGCAAGCCGAGGUCUUUUCAUUUGUGGGUGUUUCGGGCAUUUUUGACCAAGAAGUCAUUUAGAUACCAGAUCUUUAAACCGUUCUUUGUU